AUUCUCUUCAUUCUCUCUUCCCACACGUUCAUCAAACGAAAUUUCUCUCUUCAAACAAGAAUCACUAGCCUUGGUUGUUGUACCGUGAAAUGGGAUCCGGAGAGGCCCGUUUCUAUGACCCUGUGAGAGAGAAGGUACACAAUAUUGGGAAUGACCCAAAUCUUGAACUUGAAGGUACCAGAUACCUGGGAUCAACAUUGGGUUGGGUUGUCAUGAUUAACUCCGUUGCCGUAGACCCACGCGAACACCACCAAAUUUUCUUAUACAACCCUUUCACUUCGAAACGGUGCGAACUACCCCCUCUCACCAUUGGAAACCCACAUCCCAAGACUGUGGUCCGUUACGGUGUGCUCACCGGAGAUCCACGUGAAGACAACACUUAUGUUUGUCUCUUCACCGAUAACUCUUACAUAAAUAAUGGCAUGGUUAUUUUGAAUAUUCCUAGGGAACUUAUUUGUUAUGUAGCCAAGAGGAACGGAAAAUGGGAUCAGUAUUGGUCAGUGACUUCUAUCCCUAACCAUCAUACUCAUGGCUCGCCUAUAGAGUCCAUCUCCCCAUGUGCGGACAAAAUAUCAAUUAUUAUAAGGGGCCAUAGUUUGGACUUCACCUUCCAAACCCAAGACUGGAAUGUCAGAGAGACUCAAGAGAAUGAUCCCAUCGGAUGGAAUCCUUUCCACGGCCAACCUUUUCACCAGAUAAAACAUCGACUUCAGAUAUCUCAACAGAUUCCCACAACUCUAGAAAUUAUUGGCACUAAAACCGAUCGCGAGAGGGUGAAAAACAGCGCUUGGGAUGGUGGCAAUCAUAGCGUUUCUUACAUUGAGGGAGUUUGGGUUGAGGUUCGCGCUUAGCAUGAUGUUUCUUCUCUUUUAUAUCUAUCUACGUACCUCCUCAUGACUCUCAAGUUAUUUCUCUGUUCUUCUUUUUCGUUUUAAUAUGUGUGUGGUUUAAGAUUGGUAGUAUUUACUAUAUAAUAUAUUGUGUUGCAAGCUCUACUUAUUGUGGUUUGGUUAAAAACUCUACGUUGGUUUGUUAAUAAUAAUAAUAAAAGUUUCUGAUCUUUUCUUAAUUUA